UCGGCCCCUACAGCGAGAGAUCAUGUGCCAAAGACACACCAGCAGGACCUUGUUGCCUAUGAGGCUGAGUUCUGGUCUUCCUCCUCUGUCGCUAUCUUCAAUCCCCGCAUUCAGCCAACUCUAUCUGCAAAUCAGAUCUGUCCUUUGCACCUACUAACACAGUCUUCUUGCAGCCGGACAAGAACGCGGCUACAAGGCUAUGCCAUUCACAAGGCUCCUUCACUCCAGCACUCAUCAUGAGCUGUCCAAAUCCCAACUGCGACUUUCUAUACGAACCGCUCGACCAUUCGCGCCAGCAAAUUCGGCUUCUUCGCAUAACACCGUCAACAUCAGAACUCAUUAACUGCGAAUUGAAGGUGGUCGAACUCUCGGGCGGCCCGAUCUACAAAGCUUUAUCCUACACGUGGGGAGCGCCGCUUCCUGCUAAAAACAUACUAGUCGAAGGCACAUCAUUUACAGUCCGGGAGAAUCUCUAUCUGUUUUUGGAGGCGUCUAAAGUUCAGGAGAGAAAUCAUCAAGUGAAUUUCAUGGGCCAGAUCUACAAAAGUGCAUCUGAAGUCGUGGCCUGGCUUGGACCGGAGGCUGAUUCGAGCGAUCUCGCCAUGGCUCGCAUUUCUGGUGGGGCACAUUCCGGUGAUCACCAGGAAUCGUCGGCCUUGGUCCGUAGGGCACGCUCUGUUCUUGAUUAUCAAGAAUCGCCGGCCAUGGUCCGCCCAUCAAGUUUCCCAGGCUAUCACAACUCCGUCGUCGAGGGUAACGACUCAUAUGGUCACCAAAGUUCUGCGAACAUCGUAGAGCAGAUAAGACAUUCUGACGAAAACGGCUUCGAAGGCCUUUGGGGCCUCGACGACUUUGAGGACCUCGACAACUUGAACAACCUUGAAAAUCCCGACAACUUCAACGACUUCGAUUUCGACGACUACGGCGGCUUCCACGACUCCGACGACCCCAACAAUUUUGAAGGCGACACGCCCCUAAGCACAGCUAUGCGGUCGCUCUUCAGUCGGCCGUACUGAAAACGUAUUUGGAUCCUUCAGGAGAUUCGAGGAAUUCUUCAGAAUUGCAAAAGUCCUUCGAGAAAAGCCAGGCGAAGCCAAGCGUGUUUCCGAUAUCCCUGGAAGCCAGGACGCUAGGGCUAUC